AUUACAAAGUUAGGGUUUAGCAAACAAAAAUAUAUAAAAAAAAAUAAAAACUCACCAACCAAACGAGAGUCAAAUCGGCCGGUGCAACUUUCUUUCUGUACACGAAGGUGCACCUUAUCAUCCCAUAGACUGGCGGCUACAUCAUCUUCUUCAUAAAACCCCUUCAAAACCCUAAACAAACUUCACUCAUAUCCACCUCUAAUCCUCCGCCAUGGCUGGGUCGUUAAUUCACGCUGCUUGUUUUCCUUCGGUUGACCAUGAACGAAAGCUUCAUAGAAACGGAACCGGGAAGGCUAAAAGAAUGGUGAAAAUGAUGUCAUGCUCAUACGCACCUCCCAUGAGAAUGCGAACCUUUUCAGGGUUGCGUGGGUCCAACGCUUUAGACAACAUUAUGAACAAAACGGGCCAAGAUUUCCACUCUAAGGUUUCUUUGGCAACGUCUUUUCGAUCAAAACGGGCCACCCGUAUUGUUCCAAAAGCUAUGUUCGAGCGGUUUACAGAAAAGGCUAUAAAAGUAAUUAUGCUUGCACAAGAGGAAGCACGUCGUUUGGGUCACAAUUUUGUUGGCACCGAGCAAAUAUUACUCGGGCUUAUUGGUGAGGGAACUGGUAUUGCUGCUAAGGUUUUGAAAUCUUUGGGGAUUAAUUUAAAAGAUGCGCGUGUAGAAGUUGAGAAAAUUAUUGGUAGGGGUAGCGGGUUUGUUGCUGUUGAGAUCCCGUUUACUCCUCGAGCGAAACGCGUUUUAGAGCUCUCUUUAGAGGAAGCCCGCCAACUUGGUCACAACUAUAUUGGAUCGGAGCAUCUGCUACUCGGUUUGCUUCGAGAAGGUGACGGUGUUGCGGCUCGUGUUCUGGAGAAUUUAGGAGCUGAUCCUAGUAACAUUCGCACUCAGGUGAUUCGAAUGGUUGGUGAGAGUGCCGAAGCUGUCGGUGCAGGUGUCGGAGGUGGUACCUCCGGAAGCAAGAUGCCAACACUCGAGGAAUACGGAACGAACUUAACGAAGCUAGCCGAGGAGGGUAAGUUGGAUCCGGUGGUUGGAAGGCAGCCGCAAAUCGAACGGGUCACUCAGAUUUUGGGACGCCGAACAAAGAAUAAUCCGUGCCUGAUUGGGGAGCCCGGUGUCGGGAAGACAGCCAUUGCAGAAGGUCUUGCGCAAAGGAUUGCGAACGGUGAUGUCCCCGAAACCAUCGAGGGGAAGAAGGUGAUAACUCUAGAUAUGGGUCUUCUUGUUGCCGGCACAAAAUAUCGAGGGGAGUUUGAAGAACGACUAAAAAAGCUAAUGGAAGAAAUAAAACAAAGUGACGAUAUAAUUCUUUUUAUCGAUGAAGUUCACACUCUUAUUGGAGCCGGAGCAGCAGAAGGAGCUAUUGACGCUGCAAAUAUAUUAAAACCCGCUCUUGCUAGAGGUGAAUUACAGUGCAUUGGGGCUACAACACUUGAUGAAUACCGAAAGCAUAUUGAAAAAGAUCCGGCAUUAGAGAGACGGUUUCAACCCGUCAAAGUGCCCGAGCCUUCUGUUGAAGAAGCAAUACAAAUCUUAAGAGGGCUUAGAGAAAGAUACGAAAUUCAUCAUAAGCUUCGUUACACUGAUGAUGCGGUAGUUGCUGCUGCUGAGUUGUCACAUCAAUAUAUAAGUGAUCGUUUUCUUCCUGAUAAAGCGAUCGAUUUGAUUGAUGAAGCUGGAUCUCGUGUUAGACUUCGUCAUGCACAGUUACCUGAGGAAGCUAAAGAGCUAGAGAAAGAGCUUAGACAGAUUACGAAAGAGAAAAACGAAGCUGUUCGUGGUCAAGACUUUGAAAAGGCAGGUGAGCUUAGAGAUAAAGAGAUGGAUCUCAAGCUUCAAAUAUCGACUCUAAUCGAUAAAAACAAGGAGAUGAGUAAAGCCGAGAGUGAAGCGGGUGAUGAGGGUCCCACAGUGACAGAAGCCGACAUUCAACAUAUCGUCUCCACAUGGACCGGAAUACCCGUCGAAAAAGUCAACAGCGAUGAGUCAGACCGUCUUCUCAAAAUGGAAGACACCCUUCACACGCGAAUCAUCGGUCAAGAUGAAGCGGUCAAAGCCAUUAGCCGAGCCAUCCGCCGAGCCCGUGUCGGUCUCAAGAACCCUAACCGUCCCAUAGCCAGUUUCAUAUUCUCCGGACCCACGGGUGUCGGGAAAUCCGAACUCGCAAAAUCACUAGCCACGUACUAUUUUGGGUCUGAAGAAGCCAUGAUUCGACUCGACAUGAGUGAGUUCAUGGAACGACACACCGUCUCGAAACUCAUCGGUUCACCACCCGGUUACGUAGGUUACACCGAAGGUGGUCAGUUAACCGAGGCGGUCCGUCGCCGCCCGUACACUCUCGUCCUAUUCGACGAAAUCGAAAAGGCUCACCCCGAUGUGUUCAACAUGAUGCUUCAGAUUCUCGAAGAUGGACGGUUGACCGAUAGCAAAGGUCGAACCGUUGACUUUAAGAACACACUUUUGAUCAUGACAUCAAACGUCGGAAGUAGCGUGAUCGAAAAAGGUGGAAGGAGAAUCGGAUUCGACCUCGAUUACGACGAGAAAGAUAGCAGUUACAACCGAAUUAAAAGCUUAGUUACGGAAGAACUUAAACAGUAUUUCCGCCCGGAGUUUUUAAACCGAUUGGAUGAUAUGAUAGUGUUUAGACAGUUGACUAAACUGGAAGUCAAAGAAAUAGCCGAUAUAAUGUUGAAGGAAGUAUUCGAACGGUUAAAGGGUAAAGAAAUCGAACUUCAGGUGACGGAGAGAUUUAGGGAUAGAGUGGUUGAAGAAGGGUAUAACCCUAGUUAUGGUGCGAGGCCGUUAAGGAGAGCGAUAAUGCGGCUUUUGGAGGAUAGUAUGGCGGAAAAGAUGCUUGCACGCGAGAUAAAGGAGGGCGAUUCGGUAAUUGUGGAUGUUGAUUCUGACGGUAACGUGACGGUUUUGAAUGCUAGCGGUGGAGCCCCGCCAGAGUUGUUACCGGAACCGAUUGUAGUGUAACCAUCAUCAAUCUUUGUUUUUGCAUUGUGGGCAUCAUCAAUCUUUGUAUUCAGAUUAUAAAAUCAUUUACUGUGUUUGUUUGUUUACUUUGAUUAGUGAAUCACUUAUAUGAUUGUUUGAUGUUUGGUU